UUAAACUGACAGUUAUUGUUGUGGAGGUCUGGGAUUGAAGUUUUUGCAGAUGGAUUUUCCGAUCCUUCGUGUUAUUCAGGCAAAUAAGAUAAGACAACUAAUAAGCCAUUUACAUAUAGCACUUCUUACCACACGUACAGUGUAGUGUUAAUUUAGUAAAACAGGCGAAACGCGGGUGGAAGUCUGCCGAGAUGUCUCUGCCACCGGAGAAAGCAUCUGAACUAAAGCAGAUCAUACACAACCAUCUGAUCAAGAUGAACAUCCAUGGGAAGAUCAGGGAUGUGUUGGCAGAGACCGUGAGGGAGGAUCUGGACCCUGGACAUAGCUCUCUCUCUGAGGAGGACUUCCUCCGGGCUCUGCAACGCAGGGGAAUCGUAGACGAUGUCAUGAAGGAUCUUCGUUUCUCCAAGGAAGUGCCCGACACAGAGUUAGGACUCCAGAGCACUCCAAAGCCGGCAACUCACUUUAUUGACAAGGACCCGACAAAGCUCAAGAAAACCAACAUGGACCCAGCGAGGAGGUACCUGUACCUCCAGGUCCUGGGGGGUAAGGCCUUUCUAGAGCACCUCAAGGAGCCAGAGCCUCUACCUGGUCAGGUCUGCUCCACCUUCACCCUCUACCUGCACUUCAGGAACCAGCGCUUCCGCUCCAAGCCUGUCCCCUGUGCCUGUGAGCCAGACCUGCAGGAGGGCUUCCUGCUGGAGAUACACAGAGAGGGACUGGGCGAUGGCAGUAAGAUGGCAGAUGCCACCACGAUGUUGUCUAUCUGUGACCCGGUCCACCUGGUGUUGAUAAAGAGAGACACGUCCAGCGAAACCACCCUGGUCUCCUCUUACUUCCUGGACUGGAGGACCGUCCUCUCCUCUCCCUCUGGGAAGACCAGCAUUGCUGUAGAGCUGCUUGGAGUCGGUAGUGAGUGUAAGGUGACGGCUGGUGUACUCAACCUGAGUCUUGAACUGUACCCUCCUCUGUCAGAGAUCCUGUCACCUGACAUCAUCACCACCCAGCAAUCCCUGGAGCGGCAGAAGACGGCGGAGAAGGAGAGGCUGUUUCUGCUUUAUGCUAAACAGUGGUGGAGAGAGUUUCUGGAGAUCAGACAGGCAAACCAGUCCAAACUGGUCAAGAUCUUUGCUCAGGAUGAGAACGGCGUCAACAGGCCGGUGUGUUCCUACGUGCGUGUCCUGCGUGCUGGUCGUCUCCUGGAGAGUCCCCGUCAGGCGGCCCGCUUCGUUAGCCUGCUGGGCCUGGAGAAAGCCCCCGUGGUGGGGGGGGGAGGUAAACAGGAGCAGUGGUGCUCCCUUCUGGCCUUCCUCUGUAGAAACAAGUGGCGGAAUUGUAAAAUAAUUGAUUUAUGA